AGCACCCGCCGCUUCCGGUCCGCGUGAGUGAGAGUCUCGCGCCUGCCGCGGCCUGGGCACCGGAGCGCGCGCCGUGUGCGGUGUGGUUUUUCCGCAAGUUCCCCUCCCUGUUCCAGGACCAUGGCCACCGACUCGUGGGCCCUAGCGGUGGACGAGCAAGAAGCGGCUGUCAAAUCGAUGAACAGCUUACAGAUCAAAGAAGAGAAAGUCAAAGCAGACACUAAUGGUGUUAUCAAAACCAGUACUCCUGCGGAGAAGACAGAUGAAGAGGAGAAAGAGGACAGAGCUGCGCAGUCUUUACUCAAUAAGCUGAUCAGAAGCAACCUUGUGGAUAACACAAACCAAGUGGAAGUCCUGCAGCGGGAUCCCAACUCCCCGCUCUACUCGGUGAAAUCUUUUGAAGAGCUUCGCCUGAAGCCACAGCUUCUGCAAGGCGUGUACGCCAUGGGCUUCAACCGACCAUCUAAGAUACAAGAGAAUGCAUUACCCAUGAUGCUUGCUGAACCCCCACAGAACCUAAUUGCCCAGUCCCAGUCUGGCACUGGAAAAACAGCUGCCUUUGUCCUGGCCAUGCUCAGCAGAGUUGAACCAGCAGACAGAUACCCUCAGUGUCUGUGCCUCUCCCCAACCUAUGAGCUGGCACUUCAAACAGGAAAAGUGAUCGAGCAGAUGGGAAAAUUUCAUCCAGAACUAAAGCUUGCCUAUGCCGUUCGUGGCAAUAAAUUGGAAAGAGGUCAGAAGAUCAGUGAGCAGAUUGUCAUUGGCACUCCGGGGACUGUCCUGGACUGGUGCUCCAAGCUCAAGUUCAUUGACCCCAAGAAGAUCAAGGUGUUUGUUCUGGAUGAGGCAGACGUGAUGAUAGCUACUCAGGGCCACCAGGACCAAAGCAUCCGCAUCCAGAGGAUGCUGCCCAAGAACUGCCAGAUGCUGCUUUUCUCUGCCACUUUUGAAGACUCGGUGUGGCAGUUUGCCCAGAAGGUGGUCCCGGACCCCAAUAUUAUCAAACUGAAGCGCGAAGAGGAGACGUUGGACACCAUCAAGCAGUACUACGUCCUGUGCAAUAACAGAGAUGAGAAGUUCCAGGCCUUGUGCAACCUGUAUGGGGCCAUCACCAUCGCUCAAGCCAUGAUCUUCUGCCAUACCCGCAAAACUGCCAGCUGGCUGGCAGCAGAGCUCUCCAAAGAAGGGCACCAGGUGGCUCUGCUGAGUGGCGAGAUGAUGGUGGAGCAGAGGGCUGCCGUGAUUGAGCGCUUCCGAGAAGGCAAAGAGAAAGUUCUAGUGACCACCAAUGUGUGCGCCCGGGGGAUCGAUGUUGAACAAGUGUCUGUUGUCAUCAACUUCGACCUUCCUGUGGACAAGGAUGGGAACCCCGACAAUGAGACCUACCUGCACCGGAUCGGCCGCACCGGCCGCUUUGGCAAAAGAGGCCUGGCCGUGAACAUGGUUGACAGCAAGCACAGCAUGAACAUCCUGAACAAAAUCCAGGAGCAUUUUAAUAAGAAGAUAGAAAGAUUGGAUACGGAUGACUUGGAUGAGAUUGAAAAGAUAGCUAACUGAGACGCUCCACCAGUGAGUGGCUGGUGCUCACGCCCGGCGCUGCCCUGCCCAGGAGACCAGUGCUUUCAUGGCAUCGGCCUCGACAGGCACCAAAACGACAAAGGCACGAGUAGAGAAGCUACCUACCUCAUUCACAAUUACGUUUGGACUUGACAAAAAGUUGGGCAAAUGAUGGGGGAAAAUCAGAGGAAACUUGCAUUUUGGUAAAUAAUUAAUAUUCUCCCCUAAACCCCACGGCUCUUUUUGAGGCCACAUUUGCCCCCUUUUUGUAGUAAUCUGUUUGCCCUUUCCGAUUGCUUUCCCCAAGACUCCUGCCUUCCUUUUAAGUGGGGUUUAGGAUCAUAGGGCAGCCCUGCAGAAAUUAUACAGGUAGAGGUGGUUUGGAAAGACCACUAAGACAGGCGCCAGUGCUCACGCCUAUAAUACUGGGUACGCAGGAGGCUGAAAUCUGACGAUCAUGAUUCAACGUUAGUCUGGGUAGGAAACUCUGUGAUACUGUUAUAUCCAAUUAACCACCAGAAAACCAGAGGUGAUACUGUGGCUCCAAGUGGCAGAGUGCUAGCCUUGAAUGAAGAAGUUCGGGGACAGUGCCCAGAGCCUGAAUCCAAGCCCCAUGACCGACAAAUAAAAACAAAACAAAAAAAGACAUGAGCAUGGCUCCCUGGUCUAGAUGGAGUGAAGGGAUCCAGACAGCGGUCCUCACAGUCGUCAUCCUCCUCCCAGUACAACUGCCAGGGAUGCUUCCCUGAGUGAAGCCAUCUUCCUGGAAUCCAGACACAUUCCAGCUCGUCCUUUUCACCUGUUCUCUGGGCAGAAGCUAGGCCUUUUUCUCCCUGGUGAGCAUGUUGGCUACUUUUUUAUGCUUUGGAUUGAGAAAGAAGCACAGAAGUCAAUGAAUCAAUAGCUGUGUGCAGAAGAUUGGUCUCCCAGGGUAGCCGUGUCCUUUAAGGAUCUGGGCGUGCCUUUUUCUUGCAUGUGCUCUGAGCCUGGGACUCCGUUGUGACAGCCAGGAGACACUGAAUGGUUGGAACCAUCUAGCCCUGUCAGUUGAUUCUAAUACACAGGGUAUCAUACUGUAUCUGAAACCAAGUAGCAUUUUGAGAAGAAAGUUAAGACCAAACAAAAGCAAUCAUGUUAUUAUCCAUAAUAAUGGACUUUAUGGUUACUUGAUUCAUACAAUGCCUGUAUGAGUAAGGACACAUAAAUUAUAGCUAUAUGCAUCAUACAUUGUAAAGUUUUAAAGUAAUUAUGAGAAAUGCUUUACUAAUCAUGAUUUGUUACAUGUAUUUUUCUGCUAAUUAGACCUAAUAUAAGCUCAUCACAAGCGUGUGUGUA